ACACACUUACAGCUGUCACACGCACGCACUCAUGCUUGGCACAGACAACUGGCAGUCACGCGGUGGUGCCUUGCACUGCCGCGGUGACAGAUGGAACCCUAGUGGUCGUCGUCUUCUUUUUCUCCUGCUUCGACCCCCGCCGACUCGGCUGGACGCUGGACGAGAUCAUCGUCGAGGUUUGUGGCUCUCUGCAGCAAUUUACUGCUGUAGAAUCUGCUUUUCGUUGCAAAAGGGGCAAACGGAUUUAUUCACAAGGUCCGCUCUACUCCACCCUCCACGUUCUUCCCGUGCAACGUAAUGCAAGCUUCCCGAGGAAUUUCCUUGUGGUAAGCUUAGCGCGACCAUCUAGAGCCGAAGUGCAGGCUACCUGUUCGACCAAAUGUCCCAGAAGAAAACCAAAGUCGACGCCGUCCUCGAAGGAGAGACGUAUGGCGCCGGCACCGUAACCGCCCAUGUUGACCGCCUCAGUGACCUCCCAGAUGCGCUCCUCCACAAGGUCAUGUCGUUCCUGCGGGCGUGGGAGGUGGCUCGCACCUGUGUGCUCUCGCGCUGCUGGCGCAACCUCUGGGCCUCUGCGCCCUGCCUCGACCUCCGGGUCUGUUGCAAAGCCCGUCACGGCCGGCUACCCAUGCGACUCGCCAGGUUCGCCAACCACUUCUUGCUCCUUCGGGAGGUGUCUGCGCCGUUGGACACACUCCGGCUGAUGACGACGGGGGGAUUACUGCUCUACGGAUGUCGACAUGUGGAUCCGUGCUGCCAUAAACCGCAGGGCACGGUUUAUCCAGCUUAGUCAUCAUCCAAGGGAUGAUGCCUUCUCUGAUCUUGAGCACGUGCCGUUCAUCUCCUGCCACCUGAAACACCUGCACCUGUCUGGCACAAUGUUGCGAGACAAGACACUAAUGCAGCUCUCUUCUCAGUGUCCUUCUUUGGAAGUCCUGGAACUCAAGGAGUGCUUCCUGUAUGCCCCCCAGAUAUCAUCUGCCUCACUUAUUAGUUUGACCAUGGUUGAGUGCAGGAUCAUGGCUGACCUGUCCAUCGCUGCUCCAAGCCUUGUAUCACUGUGCUGUGUCAUACCAUACCACCGUGCUCCGUCGUUUGAAAACCUGGGGUCGCUGGCUACCGGCACCAUCAUGUUAAAUGACUCUUUCUUGCAUGAUAAGUUUGAAUACAAGUACAAAGAUCGCGAUGAAGAUGCAUUUGAAUGUGAUAGCGGCGACGACAGUGACUCUGAUGAUGACCACUGUGAUAGUGAUACUGAUACCGACUUGAGAACUUCUGACAUAUUGGAUGGUGCUAAAGUUUUAGGUGGCCAAAAUGUUAUCCGCAGCCUUUCAAAUGCUACAAGUUUAGACCUGAUAGCUGAUGCCGGAGAGUUGAUUCUGAAUAGGGAAUUGGAAAUAUGCCAAAUUUUUAGCAACCUGAAGGUGUUAACCCUUGGUGAAUGGUGUAUGGCUGCCGACUUCUAUCCGUUAGUUUCAUUCUUGCAGCAUGCUCCAAAUCUGGAGUCUCUUUUUCUUAAACUUAAAACGGAUCAUGAGGAAAUAGAAGACAAUAUCAGACUGGAGGGUAUAUCAUUUGCUUGCAAGAACCUUACAAUGGUCAAGAUAAAAUGUCCCAAGGAUGACGAAAGAGUUCCUGUGUUAACACAAAUGUUCAUGGCUAAUGGCAUACCCAUCGAAAAGAUAGAUGUCUGUCACCGUCAGACUCGCAAAACUUGUCAUCAAUCCUUGGCCCUAAGGCGUGGAUAUGCUGCUUUGUAGGAACUGCAAUUUCAGCGGUAUCACCGCAAUGGAAGCCAUUGGCUAAGGCUGGCCUCGCUCAUUUCCAAGAUCCGGGUGCCUUCUCACUCUGUCCCCGCCUCCCCUGCGCUGGUGUCUUCUGGAGCUGGAGGGUAGAUCCUUCUUUACCUGGUUUUUGCUGGCCUGCGUGCCAUGGUUGCCUCGUUGGCUGCAUGGAUCGGUUUGAACCUCUUCCGCCUUUUUUGUAAGCUUGUUGGGCUUUAUUUAUAAAGUCGGGCAAUCUGACUUUCCUCUAAAAAGUAUAGACAAAAGAAGAUGUUUUUACAUGAGUAUAGUUCGCGGGAACAGCUUUA